AUGAUUACAACAAAAGCCCCAAUUGUGCCCAUCGCCGAGCCCAAGGAGGGAGAAGGGGGCUACCAGCCCCUGAACCCAAGAUCAGAAGUUCUCCCGGCAGGCUGGAACGGCUCAGGCCACAAACCACUACCAUGCGACAUACUCGUGGAGCACGACUUUGCCCUCAAGAUGCGCGACGGCAAGACGUUGUACAUGGACAUCUACCGUCCGGCCGGCUCAGAAACCAAAGUCCCAGCCCUGAUCUGCUGGAGUCCCUUUGGCAAGAAGUUCAACGGCAUCAUGUCGCUGAACCUCAUGACCCCUUGGAACCUCGGCAUUCAGGAUGGCGCGCUGAGCGGUCUGGAGAAGUUUGAAGCACCAGAUCCUGCCGACUGGGUUCCCAAAGGCUACGCCAUCGUCAACGUCGACUCUAGGGGUUCUGGCCAUUCAGAAGGCGUCAUGGCAAUCAUGGGAACUCAAGAGGCCGAAGAUGGAUACGACACCGUCGAGGGCAUCGCAAAACAACCGUGGUGUUCGGGAGACAUAGGAUUAGCAGGCAACUCACAUCUCGCCAUCAUCCAAUGGUUCAUCGCGGCACUGCGACCCCCAAGCCUAAAAGCCAUCGCCCCGUGGGAAGGCUGCGGCGAUCUCUACCGAGAGCAGUUUGGCCGCGGUGGCAUCUACGCCGGAGACCUAUUCGACAAGCUGAUCGUCAAGUACAUGCUAAAGGGCCACCACGGCAUGGAGAGCUUCAAAGAGAUGUGGAACCAGCACCCCCUGUCUAACGACUGGUGGGAGGACAAGCGGCCCGACAUGAAAAGGAUCAAUAUCCCCACCUACAUCACCGGCACGUGGACCAACACCAUGCACGGCAUGGGGGCCAUCCGCGGCUGGCUCGAGGUCGACUCGCCGCAAAGGUGGCUGCGCUGGCACCCCUGGCAGGAGUGGUACGAUCUCUGGGGCAACCAGCAGGCGAAAGACGAGCUGAUGCAAUUCUUUGACCACUUCCUCAAGGGGGAGGAUAACGGCUGGGAAAAGACGCCCAAGGUCCGCAUGGCUGUGCUCAAGUUUGGGAAGAGCGAUCCGCUCGAAAAUGUAGUAGAGGACAACUUCCCCAUGGCGCGAACAGACUACAAGAACUUAUAUCUGCAACCAGAGGGCAAGCUUUCCCUCGAAGCACCCACACAACAGAGUAUCACAAGCUACAACUCUGAAAGCGACGACGCGGCUACCUUCACCUACACAUUUUCGCAAAAGACGCAGAUCGUCGGGAUGCCCAAAGCGGUGCUGCACAUGUCGUGCGACGAUGCCGACGACAUGGACGUGUUCCUGCUGAUCGAAAAGCUGGACCGCGACGGCAAACCCAUGCUCAACCUCAACAUACCGUGGCGGGGCAUCCCCGUCGAGUCCUUUGACGAGUUCACCCGCGAGCAGUCGACCGAGGUGGUGCUAUACAAGGGCCCCUCGGGCGUGCUGCGGGCCUCGCACAGGGCCAUCGACUGGGACCGCUCCAUGCACCCAAACUGGCCGUUGCAUCCACACAAAGUGGAGGAGAAAGUUGCGCCGGGAACUGUCGUCAAGCUGGAAAUUGGCAUUUGGGCCAUGGGCAUCGAGUACGAGGCUGGUGAGGGUCUGCGUUUUGUUGUUAGUGGUCGUAACAAGGCCGUUAAUAACUUUGGCUCCAAUGAUGCGGUGAACAACAAGGGGAUGCACAAGAUCCACUAUGGUGGUGAAUAUCCGAGUCAUUUAACACUACCUUUUGUGUAA